AUGAACCAAAUAGUAAUUAAUAAUUUAAAUUAUAAUUACUAUAAUGGUAUACAAAGAACACGUAUUAAAGCCUUACAAAAUAUCACCUUAUGUUUUGAAAGGGGGAUGAGGAUAUUAGUAUGUGGAAAAAAUGGAGCAGGAAAAAGUACAUUAUUGAGUAUCAUAGCAGGAAAAAAACUAAUUAUGGAAAACGAAGUACUAAUAUUUAACAAACAGGCUUUUCACGAUACAGACAUAUCUAAUAAAAUUGGUUACGUUGGAGAAUGGUGGAGUGAAGAGUAUGCUAUGAAUAUUAGCAUAAAGGAUUUCUGUUUCAAUUAUGGAUAUACUAAAAGAUACAAGAAUUUAUUGAAAUUAUUCGAACUAGAUGAAAAUAAAAUUAUAUCUAGUCUUUCUAAAGGUGAAAGGAAAAAAGUUCAAAUCAUGGUUAAUAUAAUUGUGAGAAAAGAUAUUUAUAUAUUUGAUGAAGCUACUGAAUCGCUCGAUCUGGUGUCAAGGAAAUUAUUACUAGAAUUUUUAAAAAAAGAAUGCAUAAAAUAUAAUAGCAUUGUUAUAUACUCAACCCAUAUUUUUGACCAUAUGGAUAAGUGGUCUACUCACGUUCUAUAUCUUUCUGAAGGAAUAGUUACUUUUUUUUCAAGCAUUUAUAAUAUUACAAGUCUUGAGAAUUAUUCAUCCCUAGCUGAACACAUUUGUAACUACAUGGUGGAGGAAAUUAAAAAAAAGGAAAAGGUCGAUCAAUUGGACGAUCUCUUGUUAAUUGAUUCAGAUUAA